AUGGAUCCCGCAGAAUUUGGCAUCAGUACUCUUCCCCUACAACAUGUCCCCUACGGGCCCAUCCUCCCCGAAGCCCUCCAAGGCUCCAACUCCGGAAAAAUCGCCCUCAUAACGGGCGCAGGCCAGGGUAUCGGCGCGGCCAUUUCCGAAUCCCUAGCAAAAUCCGGCGCCAGCGUCGCCCUCUUGGAUCUCAGCGUCGACAAGCUAGAUCAAACCAAAAAGACAUGUUUAUCCUUUGGCGUCAAAGUAGAAGCAUAUGGGUGUGAUGUGCGGGAUCAGGAGCGAGUGAAGGAAGUUGUGGCGCAGGUGACGAAGCAACUAGGGCCGAUUGACGUGCUAGUGAAUAAUGCGGGCAUAUUCGAUCAGCGGCCGUUUAUUAUGAGUACAUUUGAGGGUUUCUGGAAGCAGAUUGAGGUUAAUUUUAAGGCUCCUUUGAUGCUCAUUCACGCUGUUCUGCCGCAAAUGCGCGACCGUGGACACGGCUGCAUCAUCAACCUGGCGUCACGAUCUGGAACCGUGGAUGUGCCUAUGACGCUUGGAUACGGGACUUCCAAAGCAGCGCUCAUCCGUGCAACGCAUACGCUGCAGAAAGAGAUGGAGCUGGAAAAGUUGGAUCCUGCAAUUCACAUCUAUGCGCUUCACCCAGGUGGUGUGCGAGGCAACAUGGGUGGAGUUGCUGUUGGAGAGGAUGUGACGGCGAAGUAUGGCAAGAGUGUCUCGGAUGAAGAAUUUUUCAAGCACCUGUUCAAGGAUGACCCGUCGCUUUGCGGACAGACAUGUGCGUGGCUGGCAAGCGGCCAAGGCAAGGAACUACGAGGACUGUUUUUGGAUUGCCGACAGGAUGUUUCGAAGUUACUAAGCAUUGGACGCGAGACGUUGCUGAAAGAGAAACGGAACACAUUGACGAUUGAUUUUGUCGAUGGUUAUUGUAACGAACCAUAG